AUGAAAGGGAGAUAUUUUCCUGAUGGAGACUUUUGGAACUCAAAAUGUCCAAGAGCAGCAUCUUACACAUGGAGAAGCAUUAUGUAUGGGAAGGAGCUCCUGCGGAGAGGAUUGUUAUGGAGAGUUGGAGACGGAAAACAAAUUUCUAUCAUCCGGGAUAAUUGGAUACCAGACACCAUACAUGGGACAAUGCAAACAUUAAUUCCAGUGGAAGAUAACCAAAUAGUGAGCUCUCUAAUCUCUAGUAACGGCUCCACUUGGAAAGAAGAUACUGUUAGAGAACUCUUUGAUCGUGACAUUGCAGAAAGAAUUCUUAAAAUUCCCCUAAGCUCUGAAGGGUGCAGCGACUUUGCUUCCUGGCCAUAUACCAAAAAUGGAAUUUAUACAGUGAGGUCGGGCUACAAUCUAGUAAGAACAAAUCAGUUCUGGAUCAAUCGAAGUUCUGUUGGCAGUGGAUCUUCCUCGAAUCAAGAUGUUAUGCAGAAGUUGUGGAAGAAUCUGUGGAGAAUUCAGUGUCCAGAUAAAAUGAAGAUAGUACUAUGGAGAAUAGCUCACAAUUGCCUUCCUACGGGUGAUCAACUCCACAAACGGUCAAUUGCAACAAGGUCGGCUGGCUCCAAUAGGCGUGAGCACCAGGUGUCAAUCCCGAAGUGGUCUCCGCCGCCGGCUGAGUCGGUCAAGGUCAAUGUUGAUGCUGUGAUUUUUGCCCAGACUAAACGCAUGGGCAUUGGUGUUGUGAUCCGAAAUCAUCUAGGUCGGGUGCUGGCAGCAAGCAGAGGGUUUAUUCAUCAUGUUGAUAAUCCUGAGCUGGGUGAAGCUAUUGCAAUGCGCCAUGCGUUGUUUUUUGCUGAAGAUUCCGGUUUCCAGAAAAUCCUUGUGGAGACAGAUUGUGCCAGUUUGAUCAACAAAAUUAAGAGUAAAAUGGAUGACAGGUCUCACACAGGUGCUGUAAUUUUUGAUAUUAAGAGUAGGGCUCCAAGGUUCUUAUCCUGUUGUUUUACUCAUGUUAGUCGAAGUUGUAAUGAGGCAGCUCAUGUUCUAGCAAAGUCUGCUGAACAUGAUGAAGGGUCAUGCUGGUUUAAUGUAUCUCCUGAAGUUAUCAGGAAUAUAGUUUGUACUGAACAGUUCUGAAAUGUAUGAAUGAG